AAGCAACUGAGCAGAGGGACUUGUGAGAGCUCUGCCAUGGCGUCCGUCAGAAACACAUACUUUCGAUGCAUUCAUCGCAACCUCUUAAACUAUGCUCAGCAUCGUUGGAAGCUAACGAAAUUAUCUUCUCCUUCUGUUCAACUCUUCCAUGAAGUUCCUGAUAUUCUCCAAAUCGAAUCCGAUCCCGCAUUUCAAUCGUUUAAUGGUUUAGUUUGUGGUUCCCGCUUUUCCACGGUAUUCCACAGACAACUAUGUGUUGCCAGUAAUGUUAUUUCUGAAAAUCAAGCAACCAAGAAGCCUGAAGAGAGUACUUCUGAGCAAGGGGAGAAGUCGGAGGAUUCGCGCGAGUCUGGUGAGGCUGGCAAACCUGUUAGAGGCGGGCCUAUUUCUUGGUUGAGUUUUCUUUUGCUGGUGACAACUGGAGCAGGACUGAUCAUUUAUUAUGACAAGGAGAAAAAACGACAUAUUGAAGAAAUAAAUGAUGCUUCAACUGCAGUGAAACAAGGACCAUCUGUUGGAAAAGCAGCUAUUGGUGGACCAUUCAACCUCGUUAAUCAAGAUGGAAAAUGUGUCACUGAUAAAGAUUUUUUGGGGAAAUGGACCUUGGUAUAUUUUGGUUUCACACACUGCCCUGAUAUUUGUCCAGAUGAGCUUCAAAAGUUGGCUACUGCAAUUGACAAGAUAAAGGAAAAAGCAGGGAUUGAAGUUGUUCCUGUUUUCAUCUCAGUCGAUCCUGAGAGGGACACUGUUGAGCAAGUACAUGAAUAUGUCAAAGAGUUUCACCCGAAUUUGAUUGGGUUAACUGGUAAUGCUGAUGAGAUAAGGAAAGUCGCUCGUGCUUAUCGAGUUUAUUAUAUGAAGACUGAAGAGGAAGGCUCAGAUUACCUAGUUGAUCAUUCUAUAAUUAUGUACCUCAUGAGCCCUGAUAUGGAGUUCGUAAAAUUUUUUGGGAAGAACUAUGAUGUGGAUCAACUGACUGAAGGUGUGAUAAAGGAGCUAAAGGAACAUAAGAAAUAAGAGGAUUACUACACCCUCUUUUGCAGAAUGCUGUUUUUCUUUGUUUCUUAUUAGUAUGCCUACAGUGAUCAU